GCCUGGCCCUGUCACAAGCAGCUGCUGCCCCAGUGACGUUCCCCGAGCUGCCGAGCCCUUCCGGGGACAGGGACACGCCGACCGCAGCCAUGGGAUCGCAGCUGGAAGGGGCCAUGGAGACCCUGAUCAAUGUCUUCCACCACUACUCGGGCAAGGAGGGCGACAAGUACAAGCUGAGCAAGAAGGAGCUCAAGGAGCUGCUGCAGAGCGAGCUGGGAUGUUUCCUGGAGACCCAGAAGGACGCGGGGGCCGUGGAGAAGAUCAUGCAGGACCUGGAUGAGAACGGCGACGGGGAGGUGGAUUUCCAGGAAUUCGUGGUCCUGGUGGCUGCCCUGACCGUGGCCUGCAACACCUUCUUCUGGGAGAACGCCUGACGGCCCUGCGGCCACAGCCGGACGAGGGCUCCCAAAAUCCAGAGUUCCCCCCCAGCCACCCCCCAGCUCACCCCCUCCGCCCCCCAGCACUCCCAGGGGAUCCUGCUGGGAUCCAGCUCCACAAUAAAGGCACCGACCCAGGCC